UCUCUAAACCUGCAAAAAUGGAGAUGGAACAAAGGGCGCCAUUGAUGGCCAAGAAGCUAUGGGGAAUAAUAAGAGCAAUACUCUACAUGGUGAAAAGAGGCUUAUCAAAAGGCAUACCAUGGCUUGAACUUCACAUGAUGAUAAAAAGAUCCGGCAAGAUCGCCGGAAAAGCCAUCGGAAACCUCCUCCUUGACCACCAAACACUCUCCUCCGCCCUCACCUGCCGCCCUAACGAUAUCCAUGCCACAUUCAUAGCUCCUCGUGAAUACGAAUUCAGUUGCAGUAACACCCCGCUUUUUUACCCCAAACGGAAAACCAACCGCCACCAUUACCACGCCGGCAACCACCACCACCAUGGUGGCUUAUAUCGCCGAUCACAUAAAGACCACGAACUAACCGUCAAUAAUGUGAAAAGGGUGUUCGAUAUUUUAAACAAUUACGAAACGGCAACGGUGGCGGAGCCGGAGAAGUCGCCGUUGACGCUGCUAGGGUUUGGAGGGAGUCCGCAAGUCCGGCAGCUUCGGGUGACGGAUUCUCCUUUUCCGGUGAAUAACACGGAGGAGGAUGGUAUUCAGGUGGAUAAGGCGGCGGACGAGUUCAUUAAGAAUUUCUAUAAUGAGUUGAAGCAACAAAAGAAAAGAGCCGCCGUGGAACUGCCGUCGCCGUCGCUGUCUCCGUCGCCUUAUCAGAGUUGGGAUCAUAUCCGAUAAGUUGGUGGUGUUUUUUUUUCUGGUAGUUUAUUGUCUCCAUUCUGUCA